UCAAUGUUAUUUCGGACAUAUGGUUCAGUAUUAAGACGAUUAAAAAAAGAAGGUUUACCAGUUGAAUUGGAUGAUAUUUUAAUACAAUUAAAACAUCAACAACAACAACAACAACAAAUUGGUCAACCAGGUAUUGAUGGACAACAAAUUCAAUCCAAUGAUAAUGAAGAAGGUUCGCUGAUGGAUUCAGCUAAGGCACAUCAAGAAUUUGCCUAUUCCGAUAUAUUUGCUACAGCACAAUUUGAUAAUGAUAAUAGUCUUUAUCUUUGUUCAACAAGACCAAUACAAAAAGGUGAAAUAAUUUUUUAUGAAAAAAUUGUUGCAUUUUCCGUAAAGAAAUCAUAUUGGAAAAAAUUUUGUACAUUUUGUAAACGUAGCGUAUCACAUCAUUUUAUACCAUGUUCAGUUUGUUCGGAAUCAGUUUUCUGUAAUGUUUUAUGUGAACGUAUGUCAUCAGCAACUAAUCAUCAAAAAACCUGUCAAUUAUCAGCAUCAAUAAUUUAUGAACAUUUUAAUAAUGAUCAUACAAUUGCAUUAAUAUAUGAUUUAUUUGCAUCAUUACCAAUACGUUUGAUUGUUGAUGCAUCACGUGUUGAUAAUAUUCGUGCAUAUGAUCAUGGUUUAAGAUAUCCAAUACGUUUACCAUUUAUGAUGACUGUAUUUACACAGAUGAUGUUGGAUUUACCAUAUUCAUCUAUCGGUCAGAUUGAUUUACAAAAACCAGAUAUUGAUGAUGGACGGAAAUUACUUUUCGAUUCAAUACGUUUAUCAAUGAUUAUUGCACAUAAAUUUCGCCUAACGAAAUUAGAUUUAGAAGCAAUCCGUACGAUAAAUGAUGAAGGAAUUGAUAAUAAAUCAAUUGAAAAUCCAAUUCAAAUGGAAGAUCUAAUAAAAUUAAUUCGAAUUGUAUUUGCAGCAUUAUAUCGAAUUAGACAUUCACCAAUUGGUCAUCAUGAUCUAAUUAAACAAUCAUUAAUGACAACUGUUGAUAAUAAUUAUCAACGUAAUAUUGUUUGUCAGGAUAAUGUUGGCCGUGCAUUAGGUGCAUUUAGUGUUCGAUUACAAGCAUCAUGUCCAUCCGAAUCAAAUGUUGAACGUCAAUUUGAUAAUGAUGGUAGAAUUAUUUAUAAAGCAUCGACAAGAAUAUUACCCGGUGAUAAAUUACGUAUAUCAAAUCAAUUACCUGAUUAUACUGGACGACAACGUUUACGUUGUUUACAACGUUUAAAUCUUAAACCUUGUAAUGAAUGUCAAUUAUGUUUAACGAUUAUUCAAUCUAAUAUAUAA